GAGGUUUUCCAUUUUUUUGGUUAAGUUAUUCACGUGGACAGGAAGACGGCGAGGUCGAGAGACGCCGAGAAAGUCGGAGACAAUGUUGCUGCUGCAGCCUUGGAGCGUUUCGAGCUCCACAGCGCUUCACAAUUCUCUGGCUUUUUCCCACUCGGAAACCCAGCACAAAGCCAUUUAUAAGCGACGCCGUUCAGCAGCACCCUUUUGCCUCAGAGCUCAGUUGCUAGACGGAAUCGAUCAGCUCGCGCAUAACAAGGUUUUGAUUGCGGCUGGAAUUUCAAUGGCAGUUGGGCAGCUCACGAAGCCGGUGACUUCUGUGAUUUUGUAUGGGAAAGAGUUUGAUUUCAAGGCGGUCGUUCAGGCUGGGGGAUUCCCUUCCUCCCAUUCCUCUGCAAUGGUGGCUACUGCUACAACCCUUGGCCUUGAAAAGGGCCUUUCGGAUUCAAUAUUUGGCCUUACCGUUGUUUAUGCAGGCAUUGUGAUGUAUGAUGCUCAGGGGGUGAGAAGAGAAGUUGGCAAUCAUGCAAAGGUACUGAACAAAACGCUGCCCCUGAACACAAUGGUGAACUCAGUCCCCACCCAGGACGGAGGUAGAAUUAACUCUCAACGUAAAAAACCAUUGUUGAAGUCGGAAAGCGUUGAGUCUCUGUUGUCUGAGGAAGCAAACAUUUUCUCACCAAAAGCAACAAAUGGCCCUUUAGCGUCUCAGUCCAAGGAGAUAACAAUGCAAGCUACUCAGACGCAGGUUUCUUCGGGCUUAGGAAGUAAUGCCGAGGAAGGUUUAGAAAGAGCUGCCAAUACUUCAACUCGGCUAAAAGAAUCGAUCGGCCACAGUGAAGUAGAAGUCGCGGCCGGCGCUUUGUUGGGUUUCUUGGUAGGAUUGGCGGUGUAUGAGAUAAUGUGAUGCCUCGGUUUCUCACAUUUUUGUACUGUGUAUUGUUACAUAGAGCAUUGUUUGCUAAAUAAUUUAUAUUUUUUCCUCUUUUGAGAAAAAAAGGAAGUAUUAAUUGA